CCUCCAACAUGGCUGCGCGCAGACCAUGGGGCCGUGACUCGCCUCUGCUCAGUCUCGAGUUAUAGCGUUAACCUGCUUUGCGGAGCGAUGGACCCGCCGGGGUUCACAGCGUCACUGGUGGCCGGUGGGGUAGCAGGUGCCUCUGUUGACUUGAUAUUAUUUCCUCUGGAUACUAUUAAAACCAGGCUGCAGAGUCCCCAAGGCUUUAAUAAGGCUGGUGGUUUCCGUGGAAUAUAUGCUGGUGUUCCUUCUGCUGCUAUUGGAUCCUUUCCUAAUGCUGCUGCCUUUUUUAUCACCUAUGAAUAUGUGAAAUGGUUGGUGCACACUGAUUCAUCAUCCUACCUGACACCUGUAAAGCAUAUGCUGGCUGCCUCUGCUGGAGAAGUGGUUGCCUGUCUGAUUCGAGUUCCUUCUGAAGUUGUUAAACAGAGGGCACAGGUAUCUGCUUCUACCAGAACAUUUAAGAUUUUCUCUAACAUCUUACGUGAAGAGGGCAUCCAAGGAUUAUAUCGAGGUUACAAAAGCACAGUUUUAAGAGAGAUUCCUUUCUCUUUGGUCCAGUUUCCCUUGUGGGAGUCCUUAAAAGCUCUCUGGUCCUGGAGGCAGGAUCAUGUGGUGGAUUCUUGGCAGUCAGCAGUCUGUGGAGCUUUUGCAGGCGGAUGUGCAGCCGCAGUCACCACCCCCCUGGACGUGGCAAAGACAAGAAUUAUGUUGGCAAAGGCCGGCUCCAGCACUGCCAGGGGGAAUGUGCUGUCUGCCUUGCACGGGGUCUGGCGGUCCCAGGGCUUGGCAGGGUUAUUUGCAGGUGUCCUGCCUCGCAUGACAGCCAUCAGUCUGGGUGGCUUCAUCUUCCUCGGGGCCUACGACCAGACCCGCAGCCUGCUGGGGGCAGUUGGCAGGCAAAGUCCCUGAAGCGGAGCCAGCCCCGCCCCAGGCCGGUGAGCAGCCACUGGCUUGGCCACCUGUGCACCCUGCCCAGUGCUCAAGGCCCCUGUGCCGAGUCCGUGGUGCUGGGCACAUGCCGGCUGCAGACGUUCAGCCAGCCAGCUGUCCCUGGACUGGUUUCCAAAGCUUGCGGAUGCUGAGGCCUGGCCCUUCUGAGCUCUCAUGUGCUCUUUCUUCUUGCACCUCAUGCUGAAGUCAGCAGAAGGCAAGAUGGUGAUCAUUUUCACAAAAAGACUAGAUGGGGAAAAAGCAGCAGCCUCGGGCCCCACAUGGUCUCUGGGUACCCCCCCCCCCUAACUCCCAUCGUGUGAGGUCACAGCUGGGCUGCAGAGUAGUAAGUGCAGGUGUGCAGUGGGCGUUCUCGCUGGGUAACCAGGCUGCUGUUUGGAAUUAGACUCAGAGCUCAGCUAGAAAAGCGCCCGACGGUGUUUGAGGAGAGGCAUCAGGGGGCUGAGUGGUGUACGAAGGGGCACGAGGGGAGCCUCCCCUCCCACAGGGCAGCACUGGGACGUCAGAACCUGACUCACAGGCUCCUCAUGCAGGGCGAAAACCAGGAAUCCAGGCCACGUCGAUGCUGCUCUGCCUGGAGUUUCUCCUUCCUUUUUGGGGGAAAAUUAAAGGCAGAAUGACAGACUCAGGAAUACUGGCCUCUAAACCAAUGACUCUGGCCAGAUGCUUAACAUUUAUAAAUGAACCUUUAUUAAAGACACUUCAAUGCCGUUUGUUAGACACUUCAAUAUUUUACAUGU